UUAAACAGACUGUAAAGAGUUUUAUUAUCAUCUGUUUUUGUCAUUUUGGUGGCUGCCUGUGAGCCAUACCUACAGUUCUUCUCAUAUCAUAUAAAGUUAUCCGCCAUGGUUCAAAGCACUGAAAAUUUAGUCGAAGCAGAGGAAGAAGCCUCUGUAUACGGCCCUAAAGUCAGAUGGGCGAUUCCGCAAAGGCUCGACUUCAUGACGUUUGUGGGCAGAGACGUGGUAGCUGUGGCACAUGAUGUUUACAUCAUAUUCUUUCACCUCAAGAACAUGACCGAAUUGGUCUAUGUAGCUAACAAUGAGAAGACGGGGGAUGGAGUCGAUGUUAUCGCAGGACACAAGUCCCAAUUUUUCGCAUUCGCGGAAAAGGCAAAACAUCCUAGAAUUUUCAUUGUGUACUAUCCAACGUUUGCCAUCAUGGCGGAAUUGAAAGAUGCAGACGUCAACCGCUACAAAGGCCUGUGCAUGAUGGAGUCGGACCUGAUCGCAGGGUUCAGCGGCUUCCCCAAUUACCUGAUCUCCGUGUGGAGCUGGCGUUCACACCAGCGCCUCCUGUGUAUACCCACGAAUGUGGUGCGACGGAACCAGAUAUACAUGGCCAGUCGUACGCAUGUGCUUAUAUGCCAGUGCUGGGGCGAGGGCCUACAUGUAUGGGAGGUCGCGCCAUGCUUCAAGCGUUGCCUGAUAAUGAAACGCAGUAGACAGGCGGCCGCCAGCUGGGAGGUCUCUAAUCCAAAGUUGAUAGCGGUUUGCUGGAGCAACGACGGACAACUGUACGCUAUUGAUGAAAAAGCUAAUCUUUACAGUUUACUGUCCGAUGGUGUGGGUAUGGUGACAAAUUUGGAGUGGUCGGACAACCUGAAGGGCUCCCGUAAGACGUGCAUGUGCUCAUUUCAUAGCGGCAUUUUAAUCUAUGGCCCUGAUAAACUCAUUCGGUGCCUAAGAAAAGCGGAAAAUAAAUGGAUAGUGUCUUGGAAGUAUACCCCCGAUGAUGAGGUGCUGCGUCUAGUGUCGAACUCGACGUCCGAUAUAGCAGUCGUAUGGACAGAAAAGGGUUUCGUUUACAAACUUGACGGUGAAUCGGAGGACAAGAUAAACGUCAAGUUGUUUACAUUCAAGCAGAGAAAUAUAAAGAAGUUUCAACUGAUCGCACCGGACUACAAAUAUCUCGCAACAAUCAAUAAUACUGGUGUCGUAUGUAUUUAUGAAGUCGAUACUGCGAAGCUGGCACUUGUAAAAUUGGUACGAGGGGGCGAUAUCUCCUUCGAAGCUAGUCCUGUGGAUCCUCUCAUGAUUAUCUUCGGCGAGGUUGGCAGUAACUACGGCAUGGCUGUAUUCACCUUCAGACCAGAAAAAGGCCUGAGUAAAGUCGAAAAUAUGUGCUUGACAAACCAGAUCGUCUCUAAAGUCGUUUUUUCACCCACGGGGAAACACGUUGUAGCAGCCGCGAUGUCCGCUGGGCAUAUCUUUAUUUUCCACCUGACAGAUGCGUACAAGCUCAACCUGAUACGGUACACGGAGCUGGGCCGCGGCCUGGCGGACUGCUUCCUCACGAAAGUUGGUGACUCCAUGCGUGCGUUCAGCCUCGUACUGUUCUCCGAUAAAUAUGCAAUCGGCGAGCGAAUUAUCUGCGUCAACGCGGAGUCGGGCAAGGACAACAAGUUCGCCGGCAAGAUCGCGGGCCCCUACGCACAGCUGCUGCCGCUAAGCACGAAGGACUCUGCGGUUGCUGUUGCGCACGGCACCGCGCAGCUGCACGUGCUCAAGCUGACCGGCGAGAAAGGCGUAACGGUAUCUGUGAAAAUGGGACAGCCUGUGGAGACGGGCCACCAACUGAAACACUGCAUGAUGUCGUACAACUCGGCAGCACUGCUCACGUACGGGGCUGAUGGCAGCGUCAUAUUUCGAACAUCUGAACUGCCGGAACCGUACGAACUACAGCUGGUCGUGUCCCAUCGCUACGAAUCGGGUGUGAGACAGGCUGCCAUUGACACCGGAACCAGAUUCGUGGUACACCUCGGGCAGAACCGCACCCUGGCGGUGCACUUCCUGCUCAAAGACCAGGAGCAUGAGACGAAGGAAGUGUGUCAUGUGCCGCCAGAGUGGAGCAUGUUCGAUGACAGUGCUCAUACCAUCAACAUGUUCUACGAAAAUGAUAAGAACUACCUAGACGUCCAAGAGGACAAGAAGGUGCGGGAAGAGGCGAUGGACUACAAGCGGCAGCGCGAGGACGCGGCGCGCACGUGCGAGGCCAUCCGGGCGCGGUUGCUGCGGCUGCUGGAGGAGAACCUGGCCGAGCGGCCGCUGCACCGCCUGUCCCUCGCGGAGUUCGACCUGCACCUGGAACACAAGAAGGAGCGCAUCAAGCAGGCAGAAAAAGAACGCGAGCAGAUCCGCCUGGAGACUGAGGCGCGCAUCCGAGCUCAGGACCACGUCACGGCGUGGAUCAAGAGGCAGUGCUGGGACACCAUGCUGUCGCCGCGCGUCAAGCUCUUCGCCAUAUUCAGCCAUUACCAGGUAGAGAACUACGCGGUGCUGCCGACCCAGCGCGACAAGUGGCCAGAGCUGCAGCAGAUCGAAGCGCUGCGAAGCGUGGAGGCGGAGAACGAAGAAGACCUGUUCAAGCCCUGGGAAGAACCGCCUACCAAGCUGAGCCUGGAAGAGGUCCAGGCGCCAUCUCGUCUGAGCAGGUUAGGUCAAGCAUCAACAAUGUCGGUGCGGGAAGUUCGCAAAAGCAUGGAGAGUCAGUUGCUUUCGGAAGUGCUGCCGCCGGACGAGGCUUCGGAAGACGCGCUGGCUGAACCCUACGUCCUCUCCGGGUCGAACGCACACCGCUACAUCGAGGUGCCGACCUUCAUGAUCCCGCAGACCUUGGCCUACAGCUUCUUGCAAAUGAACUGGUUGCAGCAUAUCAUAAAGCUUAACGUUCAGAACAUGCGGCUGUGGUUCAACAAACAGUUUGACGACUUGAUGAAUCAGAAGAAACGCGAGGUUGGUCUUGUGGAAGACCGCAACGCACGCCUUCGCUUCAUUAUUGACGAACUGAAUAAGCUAUCAGACUUACGUGGAAGCUUCCAUCACCUGGCUAUCCACAUACAAGAUCCCGAAUGGGCACAGGAGGAACAGCCGUCCAGACUGAUUAAAGUCGAUCCUGAAGAGUGCAGCACCGAGCCGUACGUGAGCCCCAGCCAGGCGGAGGUCCCGCCGGAGCCGCAGCCGCAGGACGACUUCCGCUCGCGCGCGCUCGUGUGCAUGAUGGACGGGGUGCUGGAGAAGCUGUGGCACGAGGAGAUCAAGAAGCCCAUCCCGAUGCCGCAAUGCAUGUUGGAGAAAGAUCCAGAACAUUUUAACGAGGAAGAUCUGCGUUUCGUAUUUGAAUACGAAGCUAAAGUUGCCUUUCGAAACGAGGAAAGGGACAAGUAUAGGAAAAUGUUGCACGCUGAAUACGCCAAGUUGUCACAAAUACUCAAUGAAGGGGUAGUGAAGUUCAACCAAAAGGUAAAAGAUAUGUGGCUGACAAAACUGAGAGUGGAUUCCGUGAUUGGACAAGAGAAUCUCAAUCUUAUGCGCCUGCGCACGACCAAUUUAGAUCGUGUUGAAAUGUCCGAAAAUUUGGAAGAAAUGCGAAAUGAUAUAAAGAAAUACGAAGAGGAGCUAGAAGUGAUACAGCAAGAGAUACAUUUGAUUCAGGAGCAAUUCGACGACUGCCAGGCGACCUACGAGAGCUUGGCGACUAAAGACAAAUACCUCGACCGGACCUUCAAGAAUCCGUUCGCUGAUCUCUCGCCAAUCAUUGUUGAUCAGUGUUACAAGUUUUUCAAAAAACGACCCAAAUGGCACCAGCGAGCGACAAUGAUUCCGGUGGUCCUUUACGAUCUAGCCAACGCUAUACUCACGGGGGUAAGGCCACCACUCCUGCACUCGGACUGCGUAGAUUACUUCAAGGGUGUCGAGCAACUCGAUCAGAUCAGCAAUAUGCCACCCGUUAUGGACGAAGGACUUUGGGUAUCUAUGUGCAAACUUCGACGUGGUAAAAUCGAGAACGAAAUACGUAUGCGAGCAGUAGCCCUGGAGGUGUCCUCCGUGGAGGCGGCCGGUGCCACGUGGCGCGCGGCCGCGGCGGCGCGCCGGCAGCGGCUGCACGGCACCAACGAGCUGAUCCUGCGCCACCGCCACCAAGCGGAGCUCGCUGCCCGGAACAAGACCAUCCAGCUUGUGCUUCCGGCGGGACAGGUCGAAAUAACAACAACUGGCCACAUGGACGACUUUGAAGACGCGACACUAAUUCCUCGCGAAGAAAUCGAAAAAGUCAAUCAGGUUAUACUGCAUAUGGGUGAAUGGAAGCUCCGCAUGAUGCGGAAGCAGAUAGAGUUCCGCAAGGGCAUCCUGUCCAAGGAGUGGGAGCACGCGCAGAUGAAGAUGAAGCUGCGGCACAUGGAGCAGGAGCUCUAUUCCUACCAGAGGCUCAAGAUACCGAAAGAACUGCAGAGCUACCUGAAGAAUAAAGAGCUCGGGUAUACAGACGAACAGGAGUACGCGAAAAUGGAGAAAGAAAUGGAAGCCUCGAAGGUGUCUGUCAAUAAGAUACUGAAUGAACAGAUUAAACGGGUGGAGGAAGUUGAGAUGAAAAUCAACGCGUUAGAAGCUCAAGCGCAAGAGUUGGAGAAGCUGAUAGUGUCUCUCAACGCGAAAGUGUCAGAGAAGAGAUUGAACGAGGAUCCUCUAGAGCCCAUACGCAUUCGCCGUGUGUUCAAAAAGCGUAUGGAGACACUGGUGACGCGCGGCCAGCUGAUCCGCGAGGUGCAAGGCCACCACACGCGCAUUGUGCUGCUACAGACGGAGCUGGAGCUGUUGCGGCUCAAGACCUACCCCACGCUCGCAUCCUUCCGCACCAUCACAUAGGAAGGCAUCGCUAGGGCUCGCCCAACGAAACCAGAUAAAUGAAUAAAUUAAUGAAUGAAUACACUUUUAACACCA